UGGGAUGCCUUCAGUUGGCAGGCAAACGUUAAACGUUGCGGUACAGCAGGCGGCUAAAUAAUAGCAAAUACAAGCACAAAUCUCUAUUGUUGUAAACAAAACAAACACAGAGAGAGAGAGCAAGAGAGGCAUAUACCUUUCAAAGGCCUUUUCGAUGUAAACUUCUAGAACCUUGUUUAAAAACAAACAGAACUGUGAUAACGGAAUCAGAACAAGAGACAGAAAGAACGUAACUGUGAUACAAAUACAUAUCUACACUUACAAAUACGUAUAUACACUUGUAAUAGAGCUUAGUGAUGGCACUCGUUAACAUGCAACAGCAAGUGCAACAGCCUGACUCUCCCAUGUCAGAGGACCAAUUCGGCGACCCAAUGUUUAGUAGUACCUUUGUUAGAAGAGAUUUUAAUGAUAGCGGAGUUGCUGGAUGUGCUGAUGGCAAACUCCGUACUAUUUCGACUUCGUCUUGCGCCACGAACAUGUCGACUGAAUCCUACCGCAUCUCUCUCGGCGUAGGGCCUCUGUGGUGGUCCGAUGUCCCUGUCCACCACAGAACAGAUCACGAUAGGGCAUCGCUCUUAACGGGCUACAGCCGUAAGUCUUCGGUCGACUCGGCUGGCGGCAGCUUAUUUGAUGCCAGCUCCCGGGCAUCGUCAUCCCCUUCGUCUUCGUCGUCGGAUUGCUCUGACUCGGAGUCGCAUGACAUUCAUUCGUUAUGCUCAGAGGAUGACUGUCAGGAGGUGUUGCGUCAGAUCUUGCAGCAUGAUCAACCCGUGCAAAUCUCCAUCAAAUUGCACGUUACCGAAGAUCUAUCCACCAAUUGGAUGUCGAUCUUAAAUCCGACCAAUAACAUCUUAUAUGUCGCCUUUCCAACUGACUUACCACCAGCUGGCUCGAAGCAGACGUUCACAUCGCUGCUCGAGUUUGCCGAGGAUAAGUUAGAGGUCGACGGCAUUGUUAUGGUUAUGCGCAAGGAUCAACCGGAAUGUGCUCGAUUAAUCGAGGCAUUCCUGUUCAUGGGCUUCGAACCGCUGUCGAGAAAAUCACCGAAGGCACCACCAGCAGCUGUCAACGAUAAUGAAAACUACUAUUUCCUUUAUACCAUCGAGGAGUAGGGAAAUGGACACCAAAACGUUGACAAAAAAGUUUAAGAAACCAAAACGAUUUACAACAUACAUUCAAUAUAUAAUCUAGCCACACAAA